UUCAACCCAGAUAUAAUUGAUGAUUAAGAUAUUGUUAUCGGUCAAAAGCGACCCAAUCCAAUCCAUAAACACCAUGUAGCCUAUAUACUAUUGUCAUCAUUUAUUAUUCUCAUUUAAAGAAAACCGACGGAAAAGAAGAGAAGAAACGGAAGCGGAAGAAAUUAACGGUGGCAGACGGAACCCAAACUGACCCCGCGAGCGUGACUGUUACGGUUGAGUUAUCUAAUCAAUCUUCAUUCUCCUAGCUCAGCUAACCACCCCUCUCAAGAACGCUUCAUACACCCCCUUUCUUCCUCUUCUCACCUCCCACCAUUUUCCCCCCUUUCCGUGGCGGUCACUCACAUGGUCGUGUAACCGUUUCCGAAGGCCAUUGAAGAAGCUGUUUGCUUUCACAACAUGGCCUCCAUCACUUCCGUUGAACUCAACUUCCUUAUAUUUCGAUAUCUUAACGAAUCAGGUUUCACACAUUCUGCUUAUACUUUUGGUAAUGAAGCUGCUAUUAACAAAUGCCCAAUUGAUGGAAAUUUGGUACCGCCGGGUGCUCUUGUUACAUUUGUUCAAAAGGGACUGCAGUACUUUGAGAUGGAAGCCAACUUGAGUAAUUGUGAUGCAGACCUGGAAGAAGAUUUUUCAUUCUUACAACCUUUGGAUCUUAUCACAAAAGAUGUGCAUGAACUUAGGCAAUUGAUAAGUGAUAGAAGGAGAAAACUACAGAAGGAAAGAAAUAAAGAAGUUGAAAAGGAGCAUGAAGCUGAACGUGGACGGGCAAGAGAAAGGGAAAGACAUCAAAAGGAGAAAGAAGUUGAAAGGGAUAGGGAGAGGGUAAAAAAUGCCAGAGAACGAGAACAGCAACAUGUAAAUCACACUGAUAGGGAAGUGGUCAGGCAUCAAGACAAGGUUACUGCAAAGCAUGAAGUGAAUGGAGCAGUUGGAGGACCAGAACCAAUGGAUAUCUGUACAACAUCAACAUCUCAGCCCCGUGAAAUUCCUAGUUCAGAUGUGACAAUCUUGGAAGGACAUACUUCAGAGGUGUGUGCUUGUGCAUGGUGUCCUUCAGCAUCUCUUCUUGCAUCUGGGUCUGGGGAUUCGACAGCUCGUAUUUGGACUAUACCGGAAGGAAGAUGUAAACCUUGUUCACAGAGUGGUCCUUUGGAUGUGUUGGUGUUGAAGCAUGUUAGGGGUAAAACGAAUGAAAAGAGUAAAGACGUCACUACACUUGAUUGGAAUGGAGAGGGGACACUUCUUGCAACUGGUUCAUAUGAUGGGCAAGCACGACUUUGGUCCACUAAUGGUGAACUUAAGAGUACAUUAAGCAAACACAAGGGACCAAUAUUCUCUCUGAAGUGGAAUAAGAGAGGCGAUUAUCUCUUGACUGGUAGUUGUGAUAAAACUGCGAUUGUUUGGGAUGUGCAGGCAGAGGAGUGGAAGCAACAAUUUGAGUUUCAUUCAGGUCCAACACUUGAUGUUGACUGGCGCAGCAAUACGUCUUUUGCCACAAGUUCAACAGACAAUAUGAUAUAUGUCUGCAAGAUUGGUGAAACCCGCCCUGUACAAGCUUUUGCUGGACACCAGGGGGAAGUUAACUGUGUCAAAUGGGAUCCCACAGGUUCAUUGCUGGCAUCCUGUUCUGAUGAUAUCACAGCAAAGAUAUGGAGUUUGAAGCAGGAUAAGUAUCUUCAUGAUUUAAGGGAGCAUUCCAAGGAGAUAUAUACCAUAAGAUGGAGCCCCACUGGUCCUGGUACAAAUAAUCCUAACAAAAAAUUGGUGUUAGCUAGUGCUUCAUUUGAUUCAACUGUAAAGCUAUGGGAUGUUGAACUCGGGAAACUCAUAUACAGCUUGAAUGCACACAGGCAUCCUGUAUACUCAGUUGCAUUCAGUCCCAAUGGUGAGUAUAUAGCAAGUGGGUCUCUUGACAAAUCCUUGCACAUCUGGUCAUUGAAGGAAGGCAAAAUUGUUAGAACAUACGCAGGAAGUGGAGGCAUUUUCGAGGUCUGUUGGAAUAAGGAGGGGGACAAGAUUGCUGCAUGUUUUGCCAAUAAUACAGUUUGCGUUUUGGAUUUCAGAAUGUGAUCAUGAGAAAGAUCAUGUUCUUCUGGCUGGUACAUUGGAUUCUUUCUUUUCCUUCCUCUAGGUUAGAUAGGUGGAAGUGUAUGUUGGUGGAUAGGUUUCCCAUUUUAACUUGUAGGCACAACUCAUUUUUCUUGGAUCAUUUGUUAGUUGUUAUUAUUAGUGAAAAGUAAUUUGUAGGACUGCGCUCAUAAGAAGAAAAAAAUGUAUAGAUUUAGUUGGACAAUAUCUUGUAUAGAUAUCGCUUGACUUCGGUAGUGUGUAUUUAGUUGUGCCUUUUAAGCAUUUUCUGCCGAUUUCUUCCAUUAUUAUGAUAUGUUCGAUGGAAAAGGGAUGGAAUGGGAAUGGUUAAACCUCUACACUUAA